UAGAAGAUGGAGAGCAGAGAGUCUCAUAACUGGUGUUCUGGAUUCGAUCUUUACUGCAAGCAGUUAUCUACACAGGCUCAGCAGAUUAUCAAAGCCAUUCGAUAUGAGCAUAUGAAGAGAAUGCAAAACCUGGGAGACAACAAAUGCUAUAGCAAUAACAAAGGGAGCAGAGGAACAGAUAUGGAGUUUCAGCAGAUAACAUACAGGCAAAAUGAGCAAAGGGACAAUGUGAACUGUGUUCAGUUCCAGCCGUACAGUGUGACAAGAGACAACGUCAGCAGCCUUCGCCGUGAACAUGAGGCUGAGAGAAGGAGCACAGAGAGAUUUGGCAGCAUACUUCAAUCCCAAAACUGUGCAGCACAGAGCUUACAGGAGAUCAGCUGUCAGCUGCCAGCAGGAAAUAGAGUAAUGGAACCACCAUACAGUGCUUUCUUCAGCAUUAAGGAGGUCCUUGCGACUAAGCCACAGAUAAACAAUUCUGAUCGACUGUUGGAAGGCCACACUCAGUGUUUUGGGGAUCUGGUUAGCGAGGAGAGGGCAGCAGAAGAUACUUCCUCUCAGUUAGACCCGACGGAUCCUGGAGCAGUUUCCCCUCUGGAACGUCCAGAUUCUGCUCUGCCAUGUCAGACAUUGCUGCAACAGAACUUCCCAGUUCACCAGGGAUUUCCAGGCCCAGUCCAGACACUGGCCGCAUUCAGGGAAAGCCUUAGCUCAGGCCAGGGAAAGGGGGCAGCUGAGAAGAAAGGGGAAGAGAGCCGUCUGAAGAGGAAAAGGCCGCUGAUGGGAGGUGGGGUAAAGAAGCCAAGCAGUGUGGCUGUGCUGAAGCAGCCUGCGGUGGAUGCUGUGUGGAAGCAUGGCCAGGGUCGCAGUUGCCAAGGCAUGGACUCUGCAAAGACAGGGCCGGUGCCACAGGUUCGUGACCUCUCCCUUCUAGACAAUGAGCAGAGGUCAGAGGUGCUGGAAGAGGUGGCUCAUGCAUCAGUCAUUGUUUUAACAAUGGUCUAUCAGGAUGGAUCUUCUCAGCUUACUGCAGGAAAGGAAUCUACCUCUUUGGUCAGUGGUUUCCUGAUGCUGGUAAUCCAUCAGUCAAAUGGCUCAUACUCUAUCGAAAGUCCCAAAAGCCUGCCUGCAGAAAACAUUCUUCUCAAAUCAGACACUGGGAGUAGGUAUUUCUACCUAAAACUGGAGCAGAAUCCCAGCUGGUUUCAACAAGCACAAAGCUACAGGGAAUUUACCAGAACACUGAUGCUUCGAAUCCUGAGUUGCCGAGGCUGCAUUAUCAGUUUCAAAGCUAAGGAUCUGCUGCGAACUGUGCUUCAGCACUGUAAGGACAGUGUGAGCUGGAAACAAGCCAGUGAGUGGGAAAUCCUUGACCCCAGGAUUGCCGGCUGGUUGUUGGACCCUAGUGACAAUGCGUCCUGCUUCAGGGCUUUGGUUCUUAAACACUGUGGGGAUUCGUCAGCAUUGCAAUUGACAGAGGCUGCAGGAAACACAAAGUUGCAGGAUCUCUGUGCUGGCCUCCACCUUCUGCAUCAGCUCAUGAUGGAUCUUCAUGCUAAAUUACAGGCCCAUCACCUCUGGAAGCUAUUCUGCACAGUUGAGCUCCGACUGAUCCCCAUUUUGGCCGUGAUGGAAACCUUCAGAAUACAUGUCAACAAAGAAGAUCUGAAGAGAACAUCUGAACUCCUCGGGGUGCACCAAAAACAGUUAGAACGGGCAGCCCAUCAGGUGGCAGGAGAGCAGUUCCUGUUGACCAGCAGCAAUCAGCUUCGCCAGAUUCUUUUCGACAAACUCCACUUGCACCUGCUUUGUGAGAAAAAGAAGCUCCCAAAAACAGACCUUGGACAGCAACUAUCAACUUCUGAGGCAGUGCUGCAGCAGCUGCAGGAACUCCAUCCACUCCCUAAAAUCGUCCUGGAAUACAGGCAGAUUCACAAGAUCAAGUCGACAUAUGUAGACGGUCUCCUUGCCUGUAUGAAGAAGGGUUUUGUCUCCCCUACGUGGAAUCAGACUGGUACUGUCAGUGGGAGACUGUCAGCUAAACAUCCGAAUAUUCAAGCGAUACCAACACAGCCAAUUCAAAUUGCAAAGCAGCAGUACAUUCGGGAAAGGGAACCUGAAAUGGUGCUGAUUUCACCGAGAAGCGUGUUUGUUUCAUCAGAUGGCUGGACCUUUCUGGCAGCGGAUUUCUCUCAUGUUGAGCUGCGGAUCCUCGCACACUUCACCUCAGAUCCAGAACUCCUCCAACUUUUCCAGGAACCUGAACCACCAGACGUGUUCUCCACUCUUGCUUGUCAAUGGAAAGGCAUUUCAGUAGAUCAGGUGAAGAGUGCAGAUCGAGAACAAGCCAAGCGAAUUGUCUACGCCGUGGUUUAUGGAGCAGGUCGUGAACGUUUAUCUGAAUGCCUGGGAAUCUCUGCAGGCCAAGCCAGUCAAUUCAUUGAAAGCUUCCUACAGAAGUACAAGGAAGUCCGCACUUUCACUCAGAGAACCAUACAACAAUGUCACCAGCAAGGCUAUUCUGUUUCAUUAAUGGGACGCAAGAGACCAUUGCCUCACAUCAACUCGUAUGAUUACACCUCUCGAAAUCAGGCAGAAAGACAGGCCGUCAACUUUGUGGUACAAGGUUCGGCAGCUGACAUUUGUAAAAUGGCAAUGAUUAAGAUUUUCACGUGUGUGGCCUCGUCCUCAUCUCUUACAGCCAGGCUUGUAGCUCAGAUCCACGAUGAGCUGCUGUUCGAGGUUGAAGAUACCCAGAUUCAGGAAUUAGCAGACACACACACACAGACACUUGGUGUGUUGAUAAGAUUACCACAGAGUACGACUUCCGGGACAAACCAAGAGAGACUACAGGUCGAGUCCAUUAGGGAUUCCCCCAGCCAUCGUGAACGGGUACUUUAACAAGAAUGUAAUGUUACACUGUACCACCGAUUGUAAUGUUACAAUUGAUUGUAACCAAUUGAUUAACCGAUUGUAAUGUAACACUACAGCAUACCGGAGAUUGUAAUGUUACAAAAUACUUGAGAUUGUAAUGUUACAUGUUAUGUGCAGAUAAAAUUCUCUUUCUGCUAGUGUUUAAUACAGGUAUGGAAAUGACAUUAAUAAAAAUAGAGAAGUCAAAUAGGGUACACACAAAACAAUUGUUACAAUAUCUGUUUCUCUCAACAUUACAAUACCUGAAUUGCUCAGCAUUACAAUACCUGGCUCUCUUUGGGUAAGAGUUUAUGGAGGAGAAAGUGAGGUCUGCAGACGCUGGAGAUCAGAGCUGAAAAUGUG